UAUGUAUUUUCUUAUUACAAAUAUAGGCGUUCAAGCAAUCAAGUGGUGGAGCAAAACCCCCUGGAAUGUGGAAGACUAUGCUAGGCGUGCUUUCAUCGAGGCAAAGCAUCAGCCACCCUGAGAAUUUGCAAACAGCUCGGGGAUACCAUCUUCUGUGGACUGGUAUGGGAGCACAACUUGCACGUGAUGUCCCCUUUUCAGCUAUAUGUUGGAUGGUUCUUGAGCCAACUAGGAGACACUUAUUGGGAUUAUUAGCUGGUGAGCAAAGCAAUGCCGCAGUUAUAAUGGGGGCAAACUUCUCCACAGGCUUCAUUGCUGGAGUUAUCUCUUCUGGCGCAACAUGUCCUCUCGAUGUUGCCAAGACACGCAGACAAAUAGAGAAGGAUCCUGCUAGGGUAUUGAGCAUGAACACGAGGCGCAUACUUCUUGAGGUUUGGAGGAAUGAAGGUAUCAACGGCCUAUUCAGAGGAGCGGGCCCUCGCAUGGCACGAGCUGGGCCUUCGGUGGGCAUUGUUGUUUCGUCGUAUGAAGUUGUCAAACACAUCAUGCACAGAAAACAUGCAGAGCUAUGAGCUUAGAUUUAGUCGUAUGUAGAACACACGAGCCUUCUGAUCAAACCAACAGCGGACCUCCUUCUGAUCAAACGUGACUUCACUCUCCUGAAAGCCGGUUUACAUUGCAUGCCUACCUUAUCAGAAGGGGGGUUUGAGUGUCUGUGUAAUAAUAAAGGGUAGAAUGCCCAAAAUGUUGUAAUUUCUCGUUGCAAGAAGUUUUGGGUCAGUACUGUGUAUUUGUGAGAUUCUGCUAGGCGUUUGAGCAGCACGAUCACGAUCAGGGUUAGAGUGAUGGGUUCAAAAA